GUGAGAAGUUAACGUAAAUAAAGCGUUUGGUUGAUGGUGACGUGCGGCAGUAUAAAACAGUCUGACCCGGAUAACGACCCGAUCAAAGAAAACAUGAGUUUGAAAGGAAAGGUUGCCGUGGUAACGGGGUCCACGACUGGGAUUGGUUACGGCAUUGCAACGGCUUUGGCGGCGCGAGGUAGUGCUCUCAUCAUAACGGGACUGGCAGACCAAGAUACCAUCGACCGCGUCAUCGGAACCAUAAAAAGUGAACACAAAGUUGAUGCGACGUUCGUACCAGGAGACCUGUGUUCUGUGACGUCAUUAGAAAGGCUCUGUAAAAAGGUUCUGGAGCUGUAUCCUGGGGGAGUUGACAUACUGAUCAACAAUGCCGGUAUUCAGCAUCUUGACUUAGUAGAGAACUACCCGACAGAGAAAUGGGACUCAAUGAUGGCCGUGUCCUUGUCCGCGCCAUUUCAUCUGAUGAAAGCAUUCAUCCCCGGAAUGAAGGCCAAGGGCUGGGGAAGGAUUGUUAACAUGUCUUCCCAAAUGGCGAUGAUCAGUGGACCAGGAAAGGCCCCGUAUAGUGCUGUAAAGGCAGGCCUCGUAGGACUGUCCAAGGGAGUGGCGUUAGAAGGAGCGGCUCACGGAGUUACCUGUAACUGUAUAUGCCCCGGCUUUGCAGAUGCACCAAUGUUCACCACAACCGCUAAGAAAAUCGCAAAGGAACAAAACAUAUCGACGGAGGAAGCUUUGAGGAUUGGUUUCGCAAAAAACCCAAUAGGAAAACCAGUCAAGAUAUCCGAGAUUGCAGAGCUGGCGAUGUUCAUGUGCUCUGAAGCCGGGGCUAGUAUGACGGGGUCAGCGGUCGUCAUGGAUGCAGGAUUUACGUCACAAUGACACCUAGCAUCGUUGCCAUAGUGAUUUAAAUGUUAAACCUGAUACUAAUUUACAGUUUUACGAUCUUAUCUUGAUCGAAGUCAUUAGUAAUUAUCGCUUAACGUGAUAUUCUGUGAUCUAAACGUACAUCAAUAAUUGGUUAAAUUGUAUGAUUAAUAUAUAUGGCGGUAGGUUCCAUUUGUUUUAAAAAAUAAAAACUGAUAUGU